GAAGGGAGGGAGGGAGACAAGCAGCAGGGAAGCUUCUCCUGCCAGCCCUUUAUUAUUAUUGUCUGUCCACCCACAACAACAGAUCCGAUCUCACAGGAUCCCGGGCUCACUGCACACAGCAGGAUAGGAAGCAACAGGCUGCAGGAAGAGUCGAGUCCCCGGUGCCUGGCGGUCAGGUAGGGCGGGGAGGGGACAAAUAAGGAAAUUGUCAGCCGGGGAUCCAGGGAAGGUGACGGAGUCCUAACAAGGCGAGAUCCGUCCUCUCCGGACAGGUGACUCCAUCCGAGGGGGCUGAGAAGUGGGAGAUCGGCCGGGAGGAGGAGAGACAGUGAGCUGUGUGCACCGAUCCCCGGACAUGUGUCACCUGCUCUCCAUAUUGGAUCGCCAGGAGGGGCGGCCAUGGCCAUUGUACUGGGACAGAUAGCACGGCCCUCUAUGGACUCCUGGAGCCGGAACUCUCCUCAUUAGGGACCUAUUACCUCCAUUCAUACCAAGAAGAAGUUCCCUCUGCACCAGCCUAACCCUGAUCUGAUGCCCCUACAAGCCUAACCCUAAUCUGAUAUCUUACUACCCCUGGAUCUGAGAUCUUCACCAGCCUAGACCUAAUCGGAGGUCUUUGCAACGUAACCCUGAUCGGAGGUCAACGUAACCCUGAUCGGAGGUCAACGUAACCCUGAUCUGAUGUCCCUACAAGCCUAACCCUUAUCUGAUAUCUUACUACCCCUGGAUCUGAUAUCUUCACAAGUCUAGCCCUGAUCGGCGAUCUUCGCAGCGUAACCCCGAUCGGAGAUCUUCGCAGCGUAACCCUGAUCGGAGUUCUUCGCAGCGUAACCCUGAUUGGAGGUCUUCACAGCAUAACCCUGAUCUGAAGUCUUCACAAGUCUAAGCCUAAUCCUAUAUUCUCGGAAGCCUGGCACUGAUCUGAGGUCUUCAAAAACCGACCCCUGAUUUGACGUCUUGACUACCCUACCUCUGAUCUGAGGUGUCCACAAACCUACCUGUGAUCUGAGGUCUUUACAAACUUACCCCUGAUUGGAGGUCUCCGCCAGCCUGCCCCUGAUCGAAGGGUCUCCGCCAGCCUGCCCCUUAUCGGGGGUCUCUGCCAGCCUGCCCCUGAUCGGAGGUCUCCACCAGCCUGCCCCUGAUCGGAGGUCUCCGCCAGCCUGCCCCUGAUCGGAGGUCUCCGCCAGCCUGCCCCUGAUCGGAGGUCUCCACCAGCCUGCCCCUGAUCGGGGGUCUCCGCCAGCCUGCCCCUGAUCGGAGGUCUCCGCCAGCCUGCCCCUGAUCGGAGGCAAAUGGUUUCUGCUGAUUUUAUGUGUUAUGCACUAUUAAGUUCAAGAGUUGCUGAUUUGUAUUUCUAUUUGGAUUAACGGCAGUAGGGGGCUCAGUACUUGGGACCACUGUGAUGUGGUUCGAACUUUAGUACAUCUAUAGCACUAGAAGUAUCGGGACGUCACUGGCAGAGCAUGGAGAACCUGGAGACCAGAGGUGGGAGAGAGAGGUUUCUACCAGAUGACAUGAGAACUCAUCCAGGCUUGGUGGACCAAGGACACAACAUGAUGAUGGAGAGGAAACUAGUGGAGGGCUACAAGUUUGUGCAUGUGUCUCUUACUGGUGGUGCUCCCUGGGGAUUUACUCUGAAAGGUGGAAGAGAACAUGGGGAACUUCUAAUCAUCACAAAGGUUGAAGAAGGGAGUAAAGCUGCUGAGAUCAUAAUGGCAGGGGAUGAAAUUGUCAAUAUAAAUGAUAUACCACUCUCAGGUUAUCGCCAAGAGGCAAUCUGUCUGGUGAAAGGAUCACAUAAGACAUUAAAAAUGGUUAUUAAGAGGAAGAAUGAUAUUGCUUAUAGACCCCAUUCCUGGCAUUCAGCGAAAUUUAUUGAAAGCCCCAUGGAAACUUUGACUGCACAACUAUCAAAUUCCAAUUUUAAUCCUUCAUGGAAUUCCCAAUACCACUCCAGUUCUUCAUCGCAUGACUUGUCAAGCUCUUGGGACCAAGCCAACUUGCAGAGAAGUUCUGGGCAUUUCAGCUCAGUGGGAAGUAUGGACAGUAUUGACCAAACCUACCAGUCUGGAAGAUUGUCUUCUUCCAAAUCGAAUAACAGCAUAGACUACUUAGGUAACCAGAAUAAGAGGGAUUCGGCAUAUGGUUCUUUUUCUACAAGUUUCAUCACUCCUGACCACAGUUUAUCCAAGAACAAUUCUGCUUCCAGUGAAAAUAUCUUGUAUCAAAUUAAUGAAUGGGACAAUGGCAAACCAACACACAGCAAAGCCGGACAAGUUUUACAGGAUCCUAGAAAAGCAGAUGAUAGGCAAGGAUACCAAUCUCCAUCCAUAUCCUAUGAAAGUACCAAACCACAACGAACAGAUGACAUUGCUGAGUCAAGACAUUCUGGACGCUCAAACUUUGGGCCUGUAUGGCAUGUUCCUGAUAAAAGAAAAAACGCUUCCUCACCCCCUCCCCCACCUCCUCCACUUCGCAGUGACAGUUAUGCUGUUACAAAAAACCAUGAGAAACCUGCACCUAUGCAUUCCGAGUUAACAAGCACACAGCACUUUAAUGUUGCAAAUAGGUCUAAUCCAAGACCUGACUGGAAUUCAGAGAUUCCAGAUUAUCAACAAAGACUUUUAAGAGCCCCUGAUAGAAGAAUAAGUAAUUCUUCUUAUCAGUCUGAAAUCCAUUUGGAUCAAAUAGCAUCUUAUAAAGAAAAAUACCAAAAUAGUGUACCACAUUCCAGUCGGUUACAGUCUUCUCAGUCUACAAAUGAUGUUAGGUUUGCUCAGCCCUCUUAUAAUUACCAUCACCAGCGUCAAUACAGCGAUGAAAGCACCUUCUUUCAAAAUACAAGAGUGUCACAAUCGCAACCACAGCAAGUGGCCUUUUCUUCUGGAAGUUAUGAGGUGGCUUCAGGCCAACCACAUGUUUACAGUGCGCAUCACACUAGAGCUCCCAGUUCUUCUGAGUGCAGCACUGGGGAAAGGGUAAGAGGGGAUAGUAAUGCACCAAGCCGAAUUACUAGUGCAAGUUUAAAACAGCCGCCUCAGGUAACCAUCUCGCAUCAUCAGUAUAAAGAGGAGUAUGGCAAAUCCGAAGUCUCUUCUGAUACAUGGUCCACACAGCAAGAUGUUGGGGACCUAAAGACUGGUUACUCUCUACCUCAGCAAAACAAUCAUCUUUCAUUAGAAAACUGUGAUAUCUAUAGUUCAAAAGUGAUAGAGAAAAAAGAUUUUUACUCAACUAGUAAUGAAAGGAUGAAGACUAGAAAAAAUAAUGACUAUCAUGAAGGACACUAUAGCAAUCAUAAUACAUCACAACAAGACCUUACCACCAAGCAAGUGUCACCAAGUAAAUUUAGGUCACAUCCUGAAGAAUAUUGCUGGAAUGACCAAGACGACAGCAAGAUCACACCUCAGAAUACACCAAUGCUGCAUUCUUUAACUCAGGAAGGAAGAAAUCGAUCGGUUAGCUCUCCAGAUACCAAUGAAAAAUACACCGUCAACGACCCAGCUAAACAAUCCCGACGAAGUGAUCGUUUUGCAACCACUUUGAGAAAUGAAAUACAACAAAGAAGAGCUCGCCUUCAAAAAAGCAAAAGUACAGCAACUUUAACAGAAGCUAAUGAGGGGGACAGUAUAGAAGACUGGAGUCCAGAUUCUCCAGAAAGUGUGACACCUUCCUCGGAUGGCACCUUUUCAAACACAUACAAGAACCAUUUAAAGGAGGCCCAGGCAAGAGUUCUUAGAGCCACUUCCUUCAAACGCCGAGAUCUAGAGCCUGUGAUUUUGGAUUCUUCGCCUUUUCCAGAGCAAAGUAACCAGGGAUAUAGCAUUUCAAAACAUGCUUUUUAUACUGAGGCCACGCCCUACCCUGGUGAGCAAGUUCAACUUAAGCAAAAUGCACCAGUGAGCAGUUCUCAAAAUGUAACUCGUAUUGGUGGCAGAAAAAGGUUUACAGCACAGCAAAAGCUUAAGUCUUAUUCAGAGCCUGAAAAGAUGAAUGAAGUUGGAAUUUAUGAGGAUAGUAAGAAAAGUGAUUCUGGUACAUCCCGAGAAGCUGUUGGCUCUUUUGCAGACAGAUGGAAAUUUUUUGAAGAGACUAGCAAGUCUACAAAGUCCAGACCUACUCCAAAACCAACUCCCCCUAUUGUCACAGAAGAAAAUCAUGAAACAUGCUAUGCUAAGGAUUAUGAGAAUGUACCAAGAGAAUCUUGGCUUGAGAAGAGGUCUCGUGCUGCUUCUUUGGGAGCUGAAAAAAUAAUUGAUAUGGAUAGGAACCCUAAAGAUCACCAUCACGGGGUUAGUUCUAAAGGGAUUGAUACUGCACAACAGCUUUACAGGUUAGAAACUUUUGCAGAAUAUCAAGCAUCAUGGAAAGAACAGAAAAAGCCAUUAGAAAGAAAAAAUUCAGGCCGAUGUCAUUCUGCUGACAAUAUUCUCGAUGCUGGUAUUGACCAAAAUGAAAGAUCUCAAUAUAUCCACGAAAGAUCCAGAUCAUCUCCUACAACAGAUUUCUAUGCACAGGGAGCAAUUGUCGACACGAAGAAGCAGACAGCCGACGAGAGGGAAAAUGCUGAGGACGCUUGCUUGUCACACUGCAGCAGUAGCGGAGGGAGCUCUUCAGUAAGGAUUGCGGAGACAGAGGAUAGAGGAUACCCAUCAGCAGAAAGAGAGGAUAGUUUAUGUGACAACAAACACAAGCUGACAAGUAAAUCCUCGGAGAUCUCAGACACCGUGAAUGUACCCCAAGAAAGCAGGGCAAGAUCUGGGACCCUCCCCAGUGAUUACAGAUUUGUGAAUGAAAAUGUGAGAUAUAAAAGCAAAGACUUCAGCUAUUCAGCUUCUCCUAUUUUAGAAAAUCAGUCUGACAUCAAGAAUUUUCCCCAAAUUGGCGAAGAAAACCAGUGGCAAGAUGUGUUACCUGUGAACAAGAAAAGGGGGCCAGCACCUCAAAGACCUCCUCCACCCAAGCUUGACAAAUACUGGAGGCAGAGCGGUUCUUCAUCUUCUCUUGCCACUUCCACAGAAUCCUUACUGACAACAACACAAGGGAAAAGUGGUCCUCUUUAUUCUCCUGCAAGCCUAGAUGCUGUUAAGCCAGAGACGACGCCUUGCCACAGUCCGGGGGUGCCUUUGGAUAAACACUUAAGUGUCCCUUUGCACAACCCCCAACUCUCUGGGUCACUAGAGAAUGUUGGGCCGCACCUAGAGAAAAAACAAAGCAAUUCUGAGCCUGAAAGGUCUCCAAAGCCUUGCUAUCUGCAAAAACCUGGGAUGGAACCUUCACGAUCACCUUCACCUCAGUUUGCUCCACAAAAGCUUACAGAUAAACCUCCAUUCAUGAUUCAGGAUGAAAACAAGGCCAGGAUUGAAAGAGUGAUAGACAACACUACAGUGAAGAUGGUCCCCAUCAAGAUUGUUCAUUCUGAAAGUCAUGCAGAGAAGGAAAGCAGGAAUAACUUGCUGAGUGCAAUUGAGCCUUCUGCCUUACACACUGCUGUUGGUAAAGAUCAGCUUAAGACUCUCAGCAUCUCCGAACAAUCCUAUUCUCGCUUUUGUGCUUACACAAGGCAAGGGCAGGAUCCAGAAGAACAGUGCAAAAUAACAGACGGUCAACCAGUCCUGGAACCCUCUGAAAACAUAAGAGAGGGAGCAGUGUCUUCUCUUCUAAGUAGUAACUCCAAGAGCAAGGACUUGAUUUAUGCAGACUUGAAAUCAGAAGAACUGGUAAGAGAAAUAGUAGGUAAAGACAAGUCUCUUGCAGACAUUUUAGAUCCUAACACCAAAAUGAUGACAACAAUGGACCUCAUGGAAGGAAUAUUCACAAAGGAUGAAAAUCUCCUAGAAGAAGCCCAACAACGCAGAAAGCUGUAUCCAAAGGUUCCUUCUCCAAGACCUCCGGAAGAAAAAAAAGAGGACCCGAAUAUGGCUGCAGCAAUCUCGUUGACAACCAGCUCUUCAUACUACAGCACUUCUGCACCCAAAGCCGAGCUUCUCAUUAAAAUGAAAGAUAUGCAAGAGCAGCAGCCUAUUGAGGAGACUUCUGAGGAAGAGCUGGGCCACAACUUAUGUGAAAAAAAGCAAGAACUUAUAGACAGUAUAAGCAGGAAGCUGCAAGUCUUGCGGGAUGCUCGGGAAACCCUCUUGGAGGAUAUCCAGUGUAACAAUGCUUUAGGCGAGGAGGUUGAGGUCAUCGUCAAAGAGGUCUGUAAACCAAAUGAGUUUGAUAAGUUUCGGAUGUUCAUCGGGGAUCUGGAGAAGAUCGUCAAUCUUCUACUGUCUCUAUCUGGAAGGCUUGCUCGAGUGGAAAAUGCCCUAAAUAAUUUGGAUGAAACUGCCUCCCAAGAAGAGCGGCGGACCCUAGUUGAGAAGAGGAAGCUGCUGACAAGACAACAUGAAGAUGCAAAGGAACUGAAAGAGAACUUGGACCGCCGAGAGCGCACCGUUUAUGAAAUUUUGGCGAACUACCUUAACGAGGAAAACAUUGCAGACUAUGAGCACUUUGUGAAGAUGAAAUCCGCCCUCAUCCUGGAACAACGAGAACUGGAAGACAAAAUAAAGUUGGGAGAAGAACAACUCAAAUGCCUAACUGAUAGUCUCAUCAUAGAGCGUGUUAAAUAGCGAAUGGCAGAGCCAAAGCUGGACUUCUGGCCGGCCUAUACCGCACAUUUCCUCAUUUCCAUAUGUGACUGUGUUACACAGAAUGAAAACAUACCUUUCUAGCAAUAAUGAUUGGAAAACAUAUUUAAUUUUUUUUUUUUUUUAUGUUGGACUGUACAUGGACUAUUUUAGAUCUAUAGGUGUUUCUAUUAGAAAUGCAGAUUUAAAUGUACAAUUUUAAAUUCUCCACAUAGUAAAUUCUGUUACAAUAUCCUGCAUGUAGCCAGCAUCCUUGUGUCACAUAUAAUAGUAGGUCGUCCUACAGCACAGCGAUGAAUCAAGUGACCACAGAUUUAACCUUCUGGAAAUUUGUUCUCUGUAACCCUGAAAGACUGAAUAGCUAUGACAACCUUUUUAUUUUGCUGUCUCAUUAUUCUUUUCUGAUCUCAUCUCACCACAGUUAUGAAGAAAUUUUUAUCCUGUUGAAAAUCUGCUGUUUGUCACCGUUUCUCCUGGGAAAAAAAAUAAUAAACAGCAUAAAACAUAUGCGGUCGGCAUCAAUUUGAUUUCAUGGAGUGAGAGAAAAAGAAAACCAUAAAAAGUUUAAAGGAAUUCUCAAGGCGCCACGAUUUAAAGCACAACAAAAACAUUACAUUCCUAAAUGUCAGAUAAUUUGAAGUAAAAACACUCUUCAGUUA